CUAAGUCAAACACUGUAGGUGUCUGCAUGAGUUCUGAAAUGACAAAUCAGCUCUGAGGGACAUUGUGAUCAAGAAGUUGACCUGAUCUUGGUCACACUUCAGAUUAACACUCUGUGCAGGGCUCCCCUGCCCCUUUUCUCUGCAAGAGGUCACUGUUAUAGGAUUAAAAUAAGGAUGAUGAUGGUGAGCGAUGACUGUCUGGUGGAGUGUAAGAUCAAUGACGACACUGAUGAGGACGAUGGAGGAGAAGAACAGAUAAACACUCCUCCUCCUCCGCCAGAGUUUGCAUCCAAUGCCUCAACUCCAGCGCCCAAAGCUCCAACCCCUCCCAAAGCCUCUGCUGCACCCACACCCACCUGUCCUGUGAGCAGGGACCCUUAUGGUAUCAACCAGCACCUAAAGGUGGAGGUUAGUGAUGUGCUGGCAGAGCCCACAACACCUCGUAGCAUAGACCAAGUGUGGCUUUACAGCAUUGCUGGCUUCGAGAGGGCUCGUAUUUGGACGUACCGCUGCCUCUCCUUGCUGUUUGCUGUGCCCUUCGCUCUCCUUUGUGGUAUUUUCCUGGCCAUUCUCGCCUGUCUGCAUGUCUGGUUUGUGGUGCCUUGCAUACAGCUGAGCAACACCUUCCUUCCAUGCCUGCGGUCCCUGUGGAUGUGUGCUGUGAAUGUUUUCAUCACUCCCUUUUGUACAUCUCUCGCUCUCUGCUGCAGUCAAAUCGCCAUUUCACUGUCCAACAAGGACUGGAAACCACAGAGAGAAGACAAAGAGGCUGUAUGAAUGUAAGACAGAUAGACAGAGUGAGUGAGAUAGAGAAAGAAUGAGAAUUUUGUUUAAAUUAGCAUUUUUUUAUUUUUUGCAUGGAUCUGCAGCCUGAUAUGCUCUUUAAUAUGUGUCAUUAUUAUUAUUGCAAUUCAUUAUUCAAUGACUUCAUAUUUAAUUCUAACAAAACUGUAUCAAGCUUUUAAUAAAAUAAAUGUUUAAUAAGUUCCUGCAUUUUUGUUUUGUUCACCAAACACACAAUGUGAAUGGUUUAUUGCAGACAUUUAUGCCAACAGCUGAGUCUAGAGUAAAAUCAACUGAACCGUAACUAGUAGGAAAAGAGAAAAUUUUAAAAUGUACAGUUUUGGCCCACAGUCAGUGUCAUUUAUCAUGAACAGUUCAUACGUUUGAUUUUAUAUAUUUCCAA